AUGGCAUCUUCGCUAGCAUCGUCGGUUUCGUCGCUGCAGUCGUCCCUGCAGCUUCUCGACAACUCCAUCACUACCCUUGAUUCCGGCGUCAAUGACUUCCCCCGCCUUUGCAAAGUCCUCCAAACAACACGACACUUUGAACUCUUACCAGAACCAACCCUGCGCGAAGCCCAACAAUCCCUCCUAGACGAAAUCACACCGAGUAUCGCGCACCUACUCUCCCUCGCCUCAAACUACGUUGACAAGCUCUCACGACGCGAGGAAAGCCUAAAGGCUAAAUGUGACUUGCAAGAAGGCCGCCUCUCUUCCAAGUCGGAAAACAAAGCUUCAGCAAAGAGCAGCGCGCUGCGGGGUCGUCCGGCGGGGUCGAGUACCAGCGCUGCCUCGAAGGCCGCUGAGCUACGCAGAUUGGUACAGAAGAAGGAGCGUCUCAAGUAUGCGGUUGAUCGCUUGGAGUUGCAGAGUACUCAGCGGCAGAGACAGUUGAGAAAGAGUAUGGCUGCGCAGUGA